AAAAAAAAAAAGAAGAAAAAGGAAAAAAAUGGCGGACUCGCCGCUGUUCUGGAAAGAUCGCCAUAUCAAAUAUUUCCUUCGCUGUCUCAAAACCCUGCUGCCCCACCAAUAUACCCCCAAUGACUCCAACCGCAUGACCCUGGGCUUCUUUAUCGUCGCCGGGCUCGAUCUCCUUGGCUUCUUGCACGCAAGUCUAUCUGAAUCUGAGCGACGGGCCUAUGCCAAUUGGGUCUAUCACUGCCAGCUCUCCUCGGGGGGGUUUAGAGGCUUCACCGGCACCAAGUUUGGGGACGAUGACCAGAGGACGGCUGCAAACGAGGCGUGGGAUCCAGCUAAUUUGCCGGCUACUUUCUUCGCGCUGGUCACCCUGCUAAUCCUUGGUGAUGACUUGACGCGUGUAAGGAGAAAAGAGUGCUUGCGUUGGCUACGCACAAUGCAGCGCGAGGAUGGGAGCUUUGGGGAGGUACUGGGCGCUAACGGGCAGAUAGAAGGAGGCAACGAUCUACGAUUUUGCUGUUGUGCAGCUGGCAUUCGAUACAUGCUCCGGGGAAAGGACGCUGAGUACCUGAAGGACGUCGACGAUAUUGAUAUCCUGAGGCUGGCUGCUUAUGUCGAGAAAUGUCAGUCGUAUGACGGUGGAUUUGCGCAAGCUCCUUGGUUGGAGGCCCACGCUGGGCUGACUUACUGCGCCCUUGGUACAUUAUCAUUUCUUGACGGCAUCCCGAAAGAAAAGACCGGCGAUAUCAUACCAGAUCUGAAUAUUGCAGCAUGCACUCCAGGCUCCGCGGAGUUUGAAUCCCUAAUAGAGUGGCUCGCCUUUCGACAGACCAACGUAAUACAGGAGGAUAAUGAAUCCGACGACGAAGAGGAUGGCGAAACCGCUGGUAGAGAGGAACUGGACCUCCCGGCAUCAACCACCCGACGACCCUCGCUCGCGAAAGGCGCUGCAUUCUCCAUCGACGAGCAAAUAUCAUCCUUACCCGUGCUCCUGGCGGCAUCCCAUUGGCCCAGUGAACAGCAAAAUUGCGCAGGUUUCAACGGAAGAACCAACAAAAUCGCCGACACCUGCUAUUGUUUUUGGGUGACUGGCUCGUUGGCGAUUCUUAACCGCCUCAACGUCAUCAAUGCCGACACAAAUCGAAGAUAUCUGUUGGAUAAAACGCAGCAUCUGAUUGGCGGUUUUGGGAAAGGAGUUGACGAGUUUCCCGGUAUGCAGCCCUUCGGCAGCAGUUUCCCGCUGACACCGAGACUGACAGAUCAUUCCUAG